AUGCGUUGCGCGUCCCCUUCAAACAGUCCGAAUAUUGCUACCAGCGCGACGGUCAUCGAGCCUCCGCGGAGGUUCCCCUCUGGAUACGUCAACGGGAAACGUCCCGCCCACCAUCUCAAUGAUUCAAAGUCCAAGUUCCACAAUCCGUGGCCUUCGUUCAGGUAUCAGAGCACGGGGAUGUGGAUCGAUAUGAUUCGGAAAGGUGCCUCUGGGGGCGUAAAGAUCCCGGAAGACGUGAAGGACCAUAUACCGACUCAGGUCCCGACGUGGGGUACUGGCAAGGGAAAUGAAGAAAAGGCAAAGGCGACGUGGCUCGGCCACGCCUGCUAUCUCCUUGAACUCCCCACACCUCCCAACGCCACCCGUGGCCCACGCAUCAUCUUCGACCCCGUCUUUUCGAACCGUUGUUCGCCCGUACAGUGGGGUGGUGGGCCUCCUAGGUUUACUGAUGCACCAUGUAAGAUUGAGGACGUACCAGACGUGGAUAUGAUCGUGUUAUCCCAUAAUCACUACGACCACACCGACCUUCCAACCCUCCGUUCCCUCUGCAACCCCACCUCCCGAUCCACAGCCCCACACGUCUUCGUCCCACUAUCCAACGGCCACCUCAUGCAGUCCUCGCUCUCGCUCCCCGCAUCACGCGUACAUGAGAUGGAUUGGUGGGACGAGAGGCUCGUCAAGCUUACGACCGCAGACGGCCAGAUCGACGCGCAGGUCCGUAUAACCUGUACACCCUCCCAACAUACCUCCGGACGAACAGGGUUCGACCGUUGGUCUACGCUAUGGGGCGCAUAUGUCAUUGAAGAGCUCCUUCCUCCUUCCUCUCGGGUGGGAAAGAAGGUGUACUUUGCGGGAGAUACGGGGUAUAAGACUGUGCAUGUGCAUAAGGGGGAGAAGGAGGACGAUCCGGUGGCGAGGGAGGUUUGUCCUGCGUUUAAAGAGGUUGGUGAGAGGUUUGGAGGGGUGGAUGGGGCGAUGUUGCCUAUUGGGGCCUAUCAUCCAAGGGAGAUGUGGUCGAACUUGCAUGCGUCGCCUGCGGAUGCGGUGAGAAUGUUGAGGGACGUGAAGGGGAAGAAAGGGCUGGCCAUGCACUGGGGGACGUGGCAACUCACCUCCGAACCGGUGCUCGAGCCUCCCGUCGCGCUGAAAGAGGAACGGGAAAAGUUGGGAAUGAGGGAGGACGAGUUCGUUGUUCCUGGUUUGGGGGAGACCGUUUUCUUUUAA